CAAAGAGUAGGAAUCUUCGGUUUUUGUUUUGUUAUUAUUAAAAAUCACUUAAAAAAGUGACAAUAAAAAUCAUUUCGAGCAUGAAGAUUAAUGAAAAAACUGUUUAUGUAUUCGCAUCCAGUAAGCCAGUCGAUAGAGAAGGCUUUUUAAACAAAAGAGGAGAUGUGAAUAAAGCGUUCCAAAGAAGAUGGUUUGUCCUGAAAAACAACUUACUGUUUUAUUAUGAGAAGAAGGGUAGUUUAGAGCCAUUAGGAAUGGUCAUACUAGAAGGAUGUGUGAUUGAAUUAGCUGAUAACGAAGAAGAAAAAUACUGUUUUACAAUUAACUUUCCUGGAAAUCGAUGUUAUAUCUUAGCUGCAGAGGAUCAUGAUUCUAUGGAGUUAUGGAUGAAAGCAUUGACUACAUCUAGUUACGAUUAUAUGAGAUUAAUGAUUUGUGAGCUACAAAGACAAUUAGCUGAGAUUGACUCAACGUCUCAGUCUUCAAAUGACGACGAACAAUCAAUGUCUGUUUCUAAACCUUAUACACGAAGACAAAAUCCAUUCAAUAAGAAAUCAGAGAUUGAGGGACAAUUGACAAGCAAGCAACAGGUUGCAACAAUAUCUGAUGGUAAAUACGUCGAAUUAAGGCCAGCUCCACCCCCGCCAAUUAUAAAUCGAGAUACAGCAAGAAAUACGACAAUUAGAGAUGACAAUGAGUUAUUGAUCUUUGAUAAAACUGAACCAGAUGAUGACUUUGGCUUUUUAUUCGUUCACGAUUACUUUGGGGAAUCAUGGAAGCAAUUAAUUCAAGCGAAACUUGAGGAAAAGGAAAAAGCCGAACAGCCUCUAAUCGUCCUUUAAACUAUCACGAGUCUAUACAAUGAAUAAUGCCACUUCCUGUUUUGCAUCCAUUCGCUUACAAAUGGUUUAGCUUGAUUUGUCGACUAAAAUUAAAUUUCAACGGGUUUUCUGAAUUUAAAUUUAAUUAUUUGAACCGGUUCAAUUGAAUCUUGUUCAAUGAUUUAUAAUGUUAAUUUAUUG